AUGCUGAGACAUCUAGACAUUCGUAUCGUCGACGAUAUCCCCCGGCCUACGCUAGGCGCCGGUCAAGUCAGAGUCGAGCCUGCUUUCGUUGGCAUCUGUGUCACUAAAGAAAAGAUCCCCAUCACUAUUGGCCACGAGUUCUCCGGUACUGUGAAAGAGCUCGGCAGUGGUCUGGAGAGCUCCGGUCUCAAGGUUGGACAAAAGCUAGCAGUGCAGCCAACGAUCUAUUGCGCUCAGUGCGGUGCCUGCUCAUCCGGUGCUGAAAAUGUAUGCUUAAACGGUGGCUUUGUUGGCUUAUCGGGAGGUGGAGGAGGUAUAAGUGAGGAGGUCGUUGUGCCGGCUGAAGCAUGUCUACCGCUGCCAGAUAAUGUUGGACUCGAUAUUGGCGCUCUUGUGGAGCCUCUGGCUGUGGCAUGGCAUGCUGUAGACGCUAGCCCGAUCGCACAAUUAGAAGAAGCGAAGUGCGUGGUCUUUGGUGGAGGUCCGAUCGGUCUCUCGGUCAUCCAAUGCCUUCGUGCUCGGGGAGCGAAGAUGGUCAUUUGUGUCGAGGUCGCCAAACGUCGACAAGAGUUCGCGAAGGACUUUGGCGCGGAUCAUGUCAUAGAUCCGACGAAGCAUGAUGUCGUCUCGACCGCUUUGGAGCUCACUGGUGGCCAUAUUCCGCCCGACAUCGCCUUCGACUGUGCUGGCGUCCCACAAUCGAUUGAGACCGCUUGUAAGGUUGUCCGGAGCCGGGGCACUGUUGUCAACGUUGCCAUCUGGGAGAAGUCUAUACCUUUCAAUCCCAAUUGGCUGGUUUUCCGGGAAGCAAACUACAAGGCUGUACUAGGCUACCAGAAGAAAGACUUCCAGGGUGUCAUUGAUGCUCUUGGAGCGGGCAAGAUCAAGCCAGAGCAAAUGAUCACCAGCAGGAUCCAGAUGGAUCGGAUUGUCAACGACGGCUACUGGGCUCUGAUCAAGGAGAAGGACAAGCACGUGAAAAUCUUGGUGGAUGUGAAGGCAGGACAGCGUGCUGCGCAUGUUACGCAGCCAACAUUGAUAUGCAGCGCCAUGAAACGGAAGGGUAGGCACGUCAAUCCCCAGCAACGCAGCGCGAUAUCCAUUGUCAAUCUCCCGCAUCGUAAAGUGCUGGAUGGUGGCCGUGGCCGUGCUCCCUAG